AUGAAGCUCAUCAUCCUGGAGCACUAUUCUCAGGCCAGCGAGUGGGCGGCUAAAUACAUCAGGAACCGCAUCAUCCAGUUUAACCCAGGGCCAGAGAAGUACUUUACCCUGGGGCUCCCCACUGGGAGUACCCCACUUGGCUGCUACAAGAAGCUGAUUGAAUACUAUAAGAAUGGGGACCUGUCCUUUAAAUAUGUGAAGACCUUCAACAUGGAUGAGUACGUGGGCCUUCCUCGAGACCACCCGGAGAGUUACCACUCGUUCAUGUGGAACAACUUCUUCAAGCACAUUGACAUCCACCCAGAGAACACCCACAUUCUGGAUGGGAAUGCAAUCGACCUACAGGCAGAAUGUGAUGCCUUUGAAGAGAAGAUCAAGGCUGCAGGUGGGAUCGAGCUAUUUGUUGGAGGCAUCGGCCCUGAUGGACACAUUGCCUUCAACGAGCCAGGCUCCAGUCUGGUGUCCAGGACCCGUGUGAAGACUCUGGCCAUGGACACCAUCCUGGCCAAUGCUAGGUUCUUCGAUGGAGAACUCACCAAGGUGCCCACCAUGGCCUUGACGGUGGGGGUGGGCACUGUCAUGGAUGCUAGAGAGGUGAUGAUCCUCAUCACAGGUGCUCACAAGGCAUUUGCUCUGUACAAGGCCAUCGAGGAGGGAGUGAACCACAUGUGGACCGUGUCUGCCUUCCAGCAGCAUCCCUGCACCGUGUUUGUGUGUGACGAGGAUGCUACCUUGGAGCUGAAAGUGAAGACUGUCAAGUAUUUCAAAGGUGAGGGAGGUGUCAGUCCAGGAGGAGGUGGUCAACCUCAGGGUGUGCUGGGAGUGAGGAGUAGAUCCAGCUUUCAUCCUCUGGUCAUUUUAAUUGACAACCGUAAUCUUAAUAUCAAACCCAACUGCAUCACACUACACAGUCAUUUCUCUUCUGCCUGUGACUGCAAAGAUCCAUUUCUGGAGAUCUGUUUGCUCUAAGGAGGAGGAAAGAAAAUGCAGUGUGGUCCAAGGACUAUGUGGUGACCUCACAGUGCCAUGAAGCCUCAGGUUUUCUCUUCAAAUCUUAAACAAGUGAUUCCCCUCUAGGUGAGACACUGAAUUAUCAGGAUCUUCCUUUCUUUUACAGGCUGGAGUGCUGUGGUGUGAUCUCAGCUCACUGCAACCUCCAUCUCCCGGGUUUAAGUGAUUCUCCUUGCCUCAGUCUCCCAAGUAGCUGGGAUUACAGGUGUCCACCACUAUACCCAGCUAAUUUUUGUAUUUUUAGUAGAGACAGGGUUUCGCCAUGUUGCCUAGGCUGGUCUCAAACUCUUGACCUCAGGUGAUCCACCCACCUCGGCCUCCCAAAGUGCUAGGAUCAUAGGUGUGAGAGCCACUAUGCCCGGCCCUUCUUUUUUUUUUUUGAGACGGAGUCUUGCUCUGUCGCCCAGGCUGGAGUGCAGUGGCGCAAUCUCGGCUCACUGCAAGCUCCGCCUCCCGGGUUCACGCCAUUCUCCUGCCUCAGCCUCUCCGAGUAGCUGGGACUACAGGCGCCCGCCACCACGCCCGGCUAAUUUUUUUGUAUUUUUUGUAGAGACGGGCUUUCACCGUGGUCUCGAUCUCCUGACCUCGUGAUCCACCCGCCUCGGCCUCCCAAAGUGCUGGGAUUACAAGCGUGAGCCACCGUGCCCGGCCCCGGGCCCUUCUUUUACUUUAAAAGGAUGCCCACGGCUUUAGGCAAACAUGUGAAAAUCCUCCUUUACUCAAGCAGGUCAAUUAGGAAUUUGUUCUUUGCUGAAAAGACCAACCUUUAAAUAGCCAACUCCCAUAGUGAUUGAAUUUAUAAGUUCCGUGAAUGUAGUACUCACUGUGAAUAACUCUUUUUGUACUCUUAGGGUGUUUAUCAUUUGGGGAUCAUAGAGAAAAGAGAGAAGUGUCAACUCUAAGACAAAAUUUGAGAGCUCCUGGAUGUUAUGAUUGAUAAUCAAGGAACUCUUGCCACUGCCUGAAUUAAUUACUUUUUGUUUUUAAUUUUUUGUAGGUUUAAUGCUUGUUCAUAACAAGUUGGUGGACCCCUUAUACAGUAUCAAAGAGAAAGAAACUGAGAAAAGCCAAUCUUCGAAGAAACCAUACAGUGAUUAGCCUGUGCUGGGACCUAGUGUCAAGUACCCAUAGGGAAAGGCAGGUCUUUCUGGAAAUUGUCUUUAGAAGAAAGAAUUGUAUUUCUUUAAUCUAGUAUGGUUACUCCAGAUAAGUGGGUGAACUUACUGUUCUUGGCCAUGAGGCUGGGAGCCUAGUCAUGGAGUUUAGCUAUAGGGAGAAUGUUUGUAACUUAAUCAGAAAAAAAAUCUCUGCAAAACGUACUCCAUCAUUUUGAUGUCUGCCAAACCCAGGUUGGGAGUUUUAAACUUUUUGUUCUGCUUCAGCCACGGUUCACAUGUAUGACACACUCCCGGCAGGAGUUUCUCUCCUUACAUGCAUUGAUUUUCACUUGGGAGGGAAUUCGGGGCUUGUGUAUAUUGGACACGACCUCUUUGAAGAGUCUUGAGAGUCCUUCUUGCACAGGCCUGCCCCUUGGUUGAGAACCAUUGUUCCAGGCUAAGGCGCAAACUCGAUAUCUAAAAUAAGUGCAAGGAAGCAGUCUCUUUGGUCAGUAACAAGUGCAAUGGAAAGAAAACGAUUCCUUUCUUCCUUCUUCCACUUUCACAGCUUUUCUCUGAACUAGGAAAACCUGGGGGUGGAUUUGGGUGGGUGGGGCCAAAGAGGAGGCUUCUACUGAUAAACCCAGAGCCUCAAGGGGCCCAGCCACAUCAAACUUCUCUGCCUCAGGGACUCUCCAGCACCAAAAGGCAGAAGAUGGAAGCUGUUUUCCCCCCAGAGCCCUGUGUUUUUGUGAAAGGCCUCACUGUGGCUCCUUUGUUUUACAUACUCAUUAGUAAGUAGGAGGUCCACUGGGGCAACAGACACUGCCACAAUUUCAGUGUUGUGUUCAGCCAAGGGGACGGUCUGGGCAGGCAGCUUAAGUGUGAGUUUAGUCACAACUCCUGAGUGUCCUGCUCUCCUGCUUCCCUAGGAGGUGAGUGCCAGGAAAAUACACCAAAUGCUUCUAGUAUUGUUUCCCCACUUAAAAUAGUCCUGCUAGAUUCACAUAGUGUGGUCUGAUGUUCUGAGAACAUCAGGAAAUACAACCCUUUUGCCCAUUUAUUCUUCUCCCCGGAUCCCAAGGUGGUCUGUUGCUCUGGCUUCCUUUCAUUGUCUUAGGCCUUCAUGGAGUGGAUACUGCCUCCUCCUCGCUGUUUUUGUGCCUGUUUGAAGCUACCGCUGCCUCUAUUUCUGGGAGAGACCUUUGAGAGCCUAGCUCAGGCCUAAGGGCUAUGUUUGGUACCAGUGUUUUGUCUUUAGCUUUUCUAUGUGAUUGUGCCGUCAUUCUGUUUUAAGCUCAUGGAUCAAUGGAUUUGUUUACAAUGUGAUAUUUUCUAUUAAAUCCAGUAUUUUCAAAUAA